AAUUGGAAUUUUUUGUUGCUUGGCGCCCGAAAAGAAUUUGUUGUGGCAAAAUGUCAGAGGAAACAGCCGCAGUGGUGGUAGCCCCCUCCACUCUUACCACAGCCCAGAAGUCACGCAUUGAGCGCAAUCUGGCCAAGGCCCAGAAGUUGCGAGAGGCCAAACUCGUCUCGCAUCCUUAUAGGGAACUCGGCAAAAACCUUGGCGAUACUCAACUAGAGGAAGGGCCGAGUCAGGGCACCUCGGUUAUCAAGGUGCAGGGCACCAAAUACAUCGACAGUGGCGGAGGCUUUCUGCUGGAGCAGCCUGUGUUGCCCGCGGCGGGAGCUACAGAAAAGCCAGAGGAUGGCGCAGUUCCAACUAUCGUGGACGAUGCCAUUGCUAUACCGGUGGUGUACGAGGAGUGCCUCGAUUGCGGCGAUCCGUUUGUCGACUCAUAUCUGUUUAAUAAUUUUGGACACUCGGUGUGCGACAAGUGCCGGGACACCGAGGAGCGCCACUCGCUCAUCACCCGCACUGAAGCCAAGGCCGAGUAUCUUCUGAAAGAUUGUGACUUUGACAAGCGCGAACCGCCGUUGCGCUACAUUAGCCGCAAGAAUCCCCAUAAUGUUCGCUGGGGAGAGAUGAAGCUCUACCUGCACUCGCAGGUGCAAAAACGGGCCAUGGAGGUGUGGGGCAGUGAGGAGGAGCUCGUCCGUCAACACGAGGGACGGGAAGAGAAACGUGAGGUAGGAAAGGCCCGGAAGUACAACAAACAGAUGAAGCAGCUCCGCAUGGAGGUCCGCAGCAGCAUUUAUACCAAGAAAACGCAUGCCAUACACGAGCACGAAUUCGGGCCGGACACCUACAAUGAGGAAGAGGACGAGUAUACGCACACCUGCCUCACCUGUCCCUACACCGAAUCCUACGAGAAGAUGUAGAAUAUCCUGUCGCCACACCUAAGAGGAAAACCCAUAACUUCUUCACUUAAGAACUUAUUUCGCCAUAGUUUGUAAGACCCUUGAAGGGAAACCUUUUGAUUUUUAUUUAAAAAUGUAUUUGAAUGCUGUUUUACCGCCAAAUGAAUGAAAUAUAUUGGAAAUUGCUAAUAUCUUUAA